UCUCUAGUCGAAUGUAAGGAGAAUACUUGAUUGUAAUUGGUCCAUUCUUACAGCCCACAACCCACGACACCGACACACGACGCAUUGUAGAACAGGCCUUAAGUCUUAAGCCAUAAGAAAUGGACGAAUCAUAAACAAAGAAUAGGAUGAGUAUUUAUCAUGACUUGUGUCGACUUGAGCUGACUCAAGUCACUAACUCCUAAUGUAAUAAAUGGAAAGCACCUAUCUGCGCAGAAGUUAAUAAAUGAAAAUAAUUGGAUAAAUGCAAUUUAUUUAUUGCAUAAUGAUAGUAUUAGCAGUGACAGUAGCAAUAGUGACAGCACUUAGUCACAUCCUUAGUUCUUUAGAUGAAAAUUACAAUCCGUUAGAAAAUAACUUAUAUGAAAAAGAUCUGCUAUCAGCUCUUCUUCAGCUAUUAAUGAAUGGGCGUAGACAUCAUGUGCAAAAUUUUCUCGAUGUGAUACAUAGGAAAAGUGAUGAAGAAUUUAAAGAAGAUUUCAGAUUAAAUCACAUGAUUGUGAAUAAAUUAAUAGAAUCUUUUAAGGCCAGCAGAUUUAUGCCAACAAAUGAAUUUGGAAAAGAAAGAAAAUCUGCAGAACUAUGUUUGUUAGUGACACUUUGGUUUUUAAGUAACAAAGAACCACAUCGAACAUUAUCUAAUCUUUUUGAUAUAUCAUUAUCAUUAGUAUUUCGUAUUAUACGUCGAAUCAUCGUGGAUCUGCACGAUGCGUCCGACUCGUAGGAACUCCCCAGCGCGCCCACCUGCGAGAGAGUAUUUGAAGCGUCCUUCCUAGCCCAUCCAUAUUUUCUCUUUAAAAUAAUUAUCUCGGGCCGGACGUAAUAAUAUUCUACACAGAUUUUAUACGAUUAAUCUUAGUAUCUUCGGUAUGAUCACAGUACAUUCAGUAUAAAUACAGAA